ACCGGAACUUCGGGGUCAUGGACUGACCCGGAAGCUUAUGGGUCACAGACCGUUGGACAGUGAGGCGGUGUCUCUCAGCAAGGCAGUACCCGGAGCCAUGCCUUCAGAUCGGAGGCAAGUGAGGGGGAGGAAUAGGUCAAGGACCCAUGCGGCUCGAAUAAAGAUAACUCCUGAGGUGGUGGAAAGCGGGUCGUAUCCCGAGAGCAGCUAUCCCGAGCAUGAGGCUGCAACGGGUAAUGAGCCUAGGCCAGGAUGGCGGGCGUCUCUACAUGGCUUCUGGGCUGAGACUCGCCGCUUUCUGAGGAACAUAUGGCUCCACAGACGCUUCUGGCUGUUCACGCUGUCCAUCUGGAUCCUGCCGUUAGUGUGCUACUACUUGUACUCCGAAUUUCCAAGUGUGCCUCUAAAUGGACAUAGCCUGGAAAACAAUGAAGAUACUAAUGGCCAAUCUCUGGGAAAAGAUUUUGCGUUGGAAGCUCUGCUGAAUUUUUUCUUUCCGACAAAGCCUAAACAGAUGAUGCGAAUGUCUUGGGUUGGUGCAAUCUGCCUCAUGAUCCUGGGAUAUCUGCUCUUUUACUGCUGCUCUCUUUGCUGGAGGAGGAAAUGGGCCAAUUUACAAAGCAGGGUCAAAAGAGGUGAAAAGAGUUUGAAGAAACCAAGAAAUGUGCGAAGGAGGAAGACUGAAAUGUUACAGAAAGCAGCAGGAAGAGAUGAGAAAGAUGGCGAAGAGUAGCAAGAGACCAAAGCGUAUUAUUUUCCCCUCAAGACAACAUAAGCUAUCCAGAGCAGAGGGGACUGUCUCAGCCAUCCAGACCUGAUGGAGCAUUUUUGGAAAGUUAAAAAUCGAUUCUUACUUUUGUCAUAUUUACUUUUAAACAUGAAAUAAAGCUGACUUCUGUUUUGUGCAUCAAA